GUGCUAUUUUUGGAGAGCGAACGUCCGCCAGCUGUUUUCAAUACUCAGUCGGAAAACGCGGACGAGAUCAUUUUUUCAUCCGCUGCACUGAAAAUCUGAAUAGGAUUUUACAUAAUUUGGAGUAACAAUGGAGUUCGACACGUCCUAUCAUCAGAUAUGCUCGGCGCAGACAGUUCAGUCGGAAAAGAGGGGAUUCUUUAACGAGUUCUGCGUGGAUGUGCGGGAUGCAUGUGGCGACAAGUGGCUGCGGAACUACUUUGGCAAACUGAAGUCCAAUGCGGCCCGUGUUCUGUCGAUCUUCAGCGACCGCGAGGUGUGUGAUCCCGUCCUGGGUGUCCUGGAGCACGUUCAGCCCGUCUUCAAGCAGAAGGAUGCCCUCUUCUCCGCCCAGCGACGUGCCCAGGCGGACAAGUUCUAUCUGAUGAGUGCCAAUGGCAAUGGCAAUGGCGAAGACGUGGAGAGCAGGGAGCUGCUGCAGCAGGCCCUGAUGGCCGCCAAUCUGGCCGUGAUGCGGGCUCCGGACCGGAAUGUCGAUCCCGUCAUCGACGAUGGCCUCACCCUGGCCCUGGCCUACAGGUCGAGGGCCUCCAUCCUGAUCCGCCUGGGCGAGGGGGAGGCUGCCCUGAGUGACCUCAAGCUGGCCACCAACUUUGGACUGGAGUUGAAGUCCAGUGUGGAAUACUACUGCAAGAUGGCCAAAGCUUAUGCAGUCAUGGGCGAACCGGCCCGUGCUGAGAUCUCACUAAAGAUUGCCGAGAAGAUGGCUGGCUCCGAUCCCAACCACAUCGCCCUGUGUCGCAAGGAAAUAGCUGCAGUGAAGCCAAUUGCCAAAGUGGCCUCCUCAGAGCAGGUGCCACAGUUGGCCCAUGGCGAGAACCCCGAACUGAGUGGUGCCUCCAAGGUAGUGAAGCUGGUUGAGACCAAGGAGAAGGGUCGAUUUGUGGUGGCCAGCGAAGGCAUAAGGACGGGCGAUGUGCUGCUCUGUGAGGAACCAGUGGCCGCCUGUCUGGAUCCCAGUUUUUUUGGCACCCACUGUCACAACUGCUUUAAGAGACUGCACACUCCAGUUUCCUGUCUGCAUUGCUCGGGAGUCGCCUUCUGCUCGGCUCAGUGCAUGGGUGAGGCUUGCUCCAGCUACCAUCGGUUCGAGUGCGAGUUCAUGGAUCUGCUGAUUGGCUCCGGAAUGUCCAUAUUGUGCUUCAUCGCCCUGCGCGUCUUCACGCAGGCGGCCAACUUGGAGCAGGGACUGGCCACUGCCAACCUGCUGUUCGAGCACAUGUGCUCCCACGAGGACGAGCGCCAGCCGGAGGACUACUUGCAGCGAUCCCUGAUGGCUGGCUUCCUCAUGCGCAUCCUCCAGAAGUCCCUCUAUUUUGGGCGUCGCAAGACUGAGGGCGUGAAUCCCACGGCCGUGGAGCUGCAGGUGGCCACCGCCUUGCUGGGGCUGCUGCAGGUGCUCCAGUACAAUGCCCACCAGAUCUACCAGACCCAGGUAACCGAGGAGCAUCGGUUCGACGGCAGCAAGAUGGUGCAUGUGGCUGCUGGACUUUAUGGCACUGGUUCCUACUUCAAUCACGAGUGCUGGCCCAGCACUGCUUGCCAUUUUGUGGGCAAAAAGUUAGUCCUCACGGCCAACAAGCCACAUAGGCCCAACGAAGUGGUGGCGGUUAAUUACGGACCCAUUUUCAUCAAAACGAAUCUCAAGGAGAGGCAGCGAAACUUGCGGGGCAGAUACUCCUUCAGCUGCAGUUGCAUGGCCUGCCAGGAGAACUGGCCUUUGUUCCAGAAACUGGACAAACAAGUGCGAUUCUGGUGCACUUCAGCGAACUGCGUUAACUUGCUCAAGUUUCCCAAGGACUUGGCGAAGGAUGUGCGCUGUCCUCGCUGCCGCAAAAACAUUUCUCUUAAGGAAAGUGUAGCCAAAUUGAUCAAGAUCGAGGAACUAUAUCGAGAGGCUGCCCGCGCCAUGGUGGCCCAGAAAACCGGAGAGGCUAUUGAACUUUUCAAGGAGGGAAUCGAGAUGUUCUUCCAUGUGGCUGCUUUGCCCCACAAGGACACACUGUUGGCUCAGCAAUCGCUUAAUAAAUGUUUGUCCGACACGGGCACCACUUUCAAAAAGGAUGGAAAAUAGGAAACAAUUUGUCACUGGCUUAUGCAUGUAUUAUUAAAUCGUUUUUUCUACUUGAAUACAAAAUAAACUUGAAAUAAAA